GGGCAGACUGCAAAACGAGAGGUAGGAAUAGUCAAUACAACCCCAACUCCUCCUCCCCCUUCGUAUAUGAAAGUAAUGGCUUCAGCUACACAUAUCCUCAACUUCUCUCCGCUCCGCUCUUUCUCUCUACGUCCUCCGGGUUUUCUCUUCCUUUUCCUCUAGAAACCUUCAAAUUCUGGUUGUGGGUUUUAUGUUUUGGAGCAAAGCUACGCAGAGAGGCACGCUGGGGAGUUACAUAUUCCAUUUUUCUUUUAUAUAUAUUGGAAGGUUAUUUUUGUUUAUGUGCAAUGGCUACGGCACCGGUGAAGUCUCAGCCACUGCACAACUUCUCCCUCCCUUUCUUAAAAUGGGGAGGCAAGAGCCACACCAACACCGCCACUCGCUGCCGCCGAACCGUCUCACCGGUUUCCUCCGAACCAGACUCCGACCAACACGACUCCGACCCGCCCGCUCGCCUCGGAUCCCGUUCAUCGCGCAACCGAUUCGGAUUCUUUCCUUGCUACCAUGCCGACAGGCCUCAGAAGCAGCCGGGGCAAGGAGAGAGCGGCGUGGAAGCAGAUGACGCCGGACAUAGGAUGCUGCAACCCGCCGAGGAGGAGGAGGAGGGAGAGGAAGCCGAGGCCGAGGAAGCGGCGCAGAAGCCGUGGAACUUGAGGCCGAGGAAGACCGUACAGAGGGGCACAAUGAUUGAGAUUCUUACGGAGAAUACCGCUAGUGCGGUGCUUGCGAUUCCUGCCGCUCCGCAGCAUAAGAGCGAAAACGCGCAGCCGAAGUCGCUGCGGCUUCGGGGGAUAGCGGCGGAGUCGCACUGCGCGGAGAAGAAGGAGAAAAGGAAGUUCUGGAUCGCGUUGUCCAAGGAGGAGAUCGAGGAGGACAUUUUUGUCAUGACUGGGUCCAGGCCCUCUCGCCGGCCCAGGAAGCGGUCCAGGAAUAUCCAGAAGCAGAUCGACAAUGUUUUUCCCGGGUUGUGGUUGGUGGGGACGACGGCUGAUUCGUAUCGGGUGGCCGAAGCUCCCGCAAAGAGGUAGGAGACACGACCACAAAAAAUCAUGAUUUUGUGAAAUCUUGAAAGGUAUGUUAUGAUUUGAUGUAAUUUGAUUAAUUUUUGUCACCUGGAGGGAGGCCGUGGAGCCUAAUCCUAUAGUAGGCAAAUGCUGGUGUGCAUGUGUUUGUGAGGGUGAACAAGAGAGAUUAGCCUUGUUUGGGGUAUCAAUCUCGUUCAUGUACUCUGUUUUUGCCUUAAAUUUCAGUACAUACUAAAAACGGCAGCUUAGCCCCUUUUGUACUUGGUGCCUAUUUUUUCCCUGGCACCAAGCCAAUAAAUACAAUUGGAUUAUUCCUUCUUA